AUGAUGUCCACCCCUCUCGCACGGUGACUGAAAUGAGCGAGAACACCGUCUAAUACACAACCUUUGAGAUGGCUAUUACAGCGGAUCACAUCCGGGAUAGACUUACUAAGGAGCUUGCGGCUGUACACGUGGAUGUGGAGGAUACGUCACCCAACAGAUGUGCUGCCAGCUACAAAGUCCUGGUGGUGUCGUCCCAGUUUGAGGGCAAGCCGCUGUUACAGAGACACAGGAUGGUGAAUACGUGCCUAGCGGAAGAGCUGAAAGAGAUCCACGCUUUUGAACAGAAAACCCUCACACCAGAACAGUGGGACAAACAGAAAUCACAGUGACACACACACACAUGUUGCAUCACACUCACAUCAGUUUAGAACUUCUUCUAUGAAACAGGCCUCCUACUUCUGAUACGUAAAAGAACACGCGUGCUCUCUGUAAGUCAGCAGUACUGAUAUGAAUGCAAUGAAAUGUUCUGGUGGCAAUAAAACUCUUGGAUGCUG